GAAUCUCCAAAGCAAGACUUGCUGGCUCUGGAACUGGCAUCUGGCAUUGGUUUUGAAUGCAGUCUUGAGGUGCUGAUCCCUCUGUGUACCUGUUAUGGGAGCUUUCAAACUUAUUAUGUCUCUGGAUUCCUACCCAGCAGUUACUAACUGAAGAACAAGGACUUUCAGUAGAAAAUCAAUUGAAAGAAAAGGACACUUGGGACAUUUCAAAUGAAAUACGGGAAUCAGUGAUAACUGGACAGUUUGUGAGUUUUCACGCUAGUGACAUUUUGCUUUUGUAAAUUUUAUAUGUGUACAGGAAGGAGGCUUUCAAUAUAGCUAUUACUGAAAAAAAAUCAGAAACUAUUCAACAUGGCUUUUGUAAAUAUGCCAUCAAAUAUGAGGUUUUUCACUUGUGUUGUGCUAGCCUCAGUUUUCAUUAUUCAAAGUGCUGCCCAAACAGGGCCUGGCAUCCACUCUAAAGUCAGAGAGGGGGGUUCAGCGGGGCUCUAUGUGGGCAACAUCGCCACGGACGCCAACUACACCCGGCGUUUUAGUGACCCUGUGUUACAACAACUCCGGUAUAACUUCCUUACUCAGGGCUACCCAGGGACCCGAUAUUUUAGACUAGAUAACCAGACUGGCGUUAUCAGGACCUCGGAAACUAUUAACCGUGAGGAAGUCUGUGCUGACGAUCUCUCAGUACGCUGUUUGGUCGAUUUGGCUGUUUCUGUGAAAAAUGUUCCAGUGCAAUAUGUAGAAAUAAUCAAAGUUCAGGUGGAAAUUGAGGAUACCAAUGACAAUUCUCCCAGCUUCCCGAGUGACAGUUUAGACUUUGAGGUAUCUGAGUCUGUGUCUGUUAAUCAUACUCUCUUCACUAAUGGUGCUACAGACCCUGACUUUGGAACAAACUCAGUGCAACAUUACGAGCUGCUUCCCCAGAAUUCUGCCUUCGGUCUGGUACAGCAAACCACUGUAGAUGGAGCCACUGAGCUUGGGCUCCGCGUUCUUCAGCCAUUGGAUCGAGAAACCACAGAUUCAUACUCUCUCACAAUAAUUGCCAGGGAUGGCGGAGUGCCUGUACGCUCAGGGACAGUAAGAAUAAGUAUCCAAGUCCGAGACAUCAAUGAUAAUACUCCAGUGUUUGACCAAGUAGAUGGAUAUGAGAAGUCUAUUACAGAAACUGCUGGUCCCAAUUUCUCUGUGUUAACAGUCCAUGCUUCUGACCCAGACGAAGGUACUAAUGGUGAAAUAGCUUAUUCCUUCAGUAGUGGUACCUCAGCUAAAAUUCGAGCUCUGUUUGAUAUCAAUUCCAAUGGGUUAAUAACACUGAAAGGCAAUGUGGUAUAUGAUGACAGUCCCUACCAGUUCACAGUCUAUGCCACAGACCAAGGGACCCCAGAGGCGCGUUCGUCACGCACCACUGUCACAGUCAACGUUGUGGAUGUCAAUGACAACGAGCCCCUUAUUAACAUCAACAUUAUCUCCUCCAGUCCCGAGCCUCAGUACGCUGGGCAUGCAGUCAUGUGGGAAUCGGAAGGAGCAGGAAAAUAUGUCGCUCACAUGGCUGUCUCUGAUGCUGAUAGUGGGCCCAAUGGCCAAACCAAGUGUGAGCUGGCAACGCAGGACUUUAGACUUGUUAAGUAUCCCAAUGAUGAUAACAUGUAUAAGAUUCUCCUCGAUACAGAUUUGAAUCGAGAGGAGCGUAGUGAGUACAAUGUGACUGUGAACUGCUGGGAUGAAGGCAGCCCUCCACUGAGGUCUUCUGCAAGUUUUCUUGCAAUCGUGUUAGACGAGAAUGACAAUGAUCCAGUGUUUAGUCAUCAAAUUUACGGUGCACAGAUCGAAGAGAAUAAUGCUGUUGGGGCUCUUCUGGUCACUGUCAAUGCCACAGAUGCUGACAUUGGGAAUAAUGCCUUAAUUAAUUUCCAACUUAGCUCAGGCGCCGGUGGUUUGGUGACCCUUGACCCAUCCACUGGUGAGAUACGAGCCAAGAAGCAGUUUGAUCGGGAGACAACGCCUUCUUUUGAAUUCCACGUCAUAGCUGCUGACAGUGGUUCUUCUGCCAAUACUGCCACUGCGACAGUUAGUGUCACCGUCCUGGACCAGAAUGAUGAAAGCCCAGUGUUCAAGGGAAGCAACCUCCCAUAUGAGUUCAGAAUUAAAGAAAACCAGACCAGGUAUCAAUACGUGGGAGAAGUAUUUGCUGAAGAUCGCGACGAGGGCAGCAGCGGUCAGGUGUGGUACGGACUGGACCCCAACAGUGAGGGAGCAGAGCUCUUCACCAUUGAGCCCAACACUGGGAGGAUAACAACCAAUCAGAGCUUAGAUCGGGAACGUAAAGGUAGUUAUCGAUUGGUUGUCAUUGCCAGGGACAGAGGUACAACAGUUCAGAGCACAGCCAUUGAAGCUGAAGUCAUUCUCCUGGAUAUAAAUGAUAACCCACCUAACAUCAUAUAUCCCUAUGGUGAUAACAACACGGUGUCCCUGUCAUAUGGGACCCCAGUGGGAAUCACCGCAGCAACCAUUGUGGCAGAGGACAUUGAUUCCGGGGUCAAUGCUGAACUUGUAUACUCGUUAGAUAAACCCGACUCACACAAUAUCUUCAGAAUUGACCCUGCCACGGGAGAUAUCAUCAUUUCACGUGAAAUGCGCUUAGAUGAUAUAACCAAGAGCAGGAGCCGACCGUACAGACUCGUUGUUGCUGUAACUGACCAGGGUACCCCCUCAAAUCAAGUCCUUGUCGAUUUUUACAUUCAUGUCACCAAUGAUCCUUACGUGCCUCUAGUUGGUCCUAACAAGAGUCAGAUGGGAGAAGGUUUGGGUCAAAAUUUAAUCAUUGUUAUUGUAUUAGCCACAGUGUCAGCCAUUUUGGCCAUCAUCCUCGUCAUCGCCAUUAUUAUGAUCAAACGACAGAACAAAGACAACCAUGCAUACAACUGUCGUACUGAGGCACAGAGAGCCCUCAAUGGCAGUAAACGCUCUUUCGGCAGCAAUAACAGUAACAAUAACGACUUCAAGCCAGAGGAGAGUGGCCAGUGUGUCAUGAGAGAACAGCAGCUAACCCCACGAUCAGAGUCCAGCCUCCUUGGACGUCCCGAUGGGCAGGAGAUGAGACAGUCACCAGGGGGCGGCACUUUAUCUGGUACUGAGAUUUCCACGUUCAAGAGCCAUCCAUCCUUUACUUCUUCCAUAGAUCAGAAAACACUCGAGAACCCCCAAGCUACCAGUUCCCUCCUCCAAGUGACUCCUGAGUUGAUAUUUGAGUAUGCCAGGGACAAGCCCCAGGAGCUGAAUGCCCUGGCCCUUCACAAGGUGCCCCAGAAAGGAAACAGACAGCAACAACCUUGGGUGCUCUCUCAGAAAGAAAAGGAGGCCCAAGAACUUCUAGACAUUUUAAAGAAGCCAGCUAAUCAAAGUACCUCUAACACAGACAUAGACAGUGAGUGUUCUGGAGAGGUGUCUAAUACAGACAGUGGGAGGGGUCACAGCGAGGAGGAGACACAGGGCAUGGAGGGCCAGCAAGUCAGAGCCAAAAAAUAUGCACCAGCAAGAGAUCCUUACCAGCCAAAAUCCAUACUCCAUCCAAAUGCUCGCUUCCAUAAAAAUCGCACGAGCACAGAUAGUGGUGUUUUUAUGAACAAUAACCAAGGCAACAAGAAAAACAUUGGCCGAGUAUCGCAGGUCCCUCCAUGUGCAAUUCAAGUGGUCUCAGAGAAUAACGUGUGCAACCAAAAUAUUCCAAGAGUUCAGGGAAGUGGGAGGCAGGAAGCAGAUGAUCAUGGAAAAAUGCAUACCAAAGUACAUUUCAGUAGUGACAUAGAUUACCAUAGCAACAGCGGGGACUCCAAUAGUGAGCACAGGGACUCGGAUGGGUUUUCAGACUCUGAGUCCACUGGAAGUGAAUAUUCUAGUGGGGAUGUUGAGGAAGAGCUGAAUGUAACUGCAGAGAAAAUAAAUGCUCAGAAUAUGUCCACCGUAUCAGCAGCCAGCAGUUGCGUAGACCCCAACCAACUGUGCCUUGACAUCGACCAAAUGUUUUUUCAGGACAUGGUGGUAUAGUUCACCCGCCAUCUUAAUUUUUUUCCAAUUGCAAUGUGUAUUUUAAAAAUAUCAUCAUGAUUUUAUUACUACUUACAAAAAUUGUACUAUUGUACAGAUUGCAGUCAAAACUUUGGCGAUGUUAAUACAAAUUUUAUUUACAUUGGUGCUAUAUUUCACCCCUGAAAAUACUCAUUAUAACAUGCAAUUAUGUCGGUGUCAGUGGCAAUAAUAUGGGUCAGCAACUGCGACUGCUGGAUGUAGGGUGAUGAUCUAUUUUGUGGCAGGCAGUUUCUUUUAACACUUUCUCUGUGUGCACUGCUUUUUAAUGAAACCAAGGAAGGUAGAAUCUUUGAUCAGCAUUUCAUGUAUUCGUACUUGUUCUUGUUAAUCUUGACCAGUCCAGAAUGAGAAUAUUGAAGUCUUCUGAUGUGCCUUCUCAUGUCAUGUUUUAAUAUUUGGCUUGCUAUUUAUAUUAAAUUUUCACACCAGCUGAAAAGCUGUUUGGACAACUCUAGAUCAUUUAUUGCCUAACCAAAGAGUCCCAUUUGCUACCUAGAAGUUUUAUUAUUUCUACUAAAAUGCAAUUUUUUAUAUUAACAUUGAAUAUAUAUAUAUACACAUACAUAGGUAGAUGUAGUUUUUUAUUUUUGUUCAGUCGUGGGCGAUGCCAAUAACCAGUCAUAAAAUGGCCGGUGAUUUGUGCUAAUAGUUAGAUGUUUUUUUGCCUAGUCCAGGUCCAUAUGGAGCACAAUACGGUGGCCCUGGUAGUCUCAAGUUGGUGUUUGAACUGUUCUCUUUACAAAGAGAUAAAACAGCACAAGCUGUAUAUCUGUGCCCAGAAAUGGCAGAUUUCUGCUGUAGUAAAAUUAAUACAAUCUCUGUCAAAGUCUACCAGUAAUAUUAUUUUCAUUUAUGUAAACCUGGACAUCUUUGGCAAAAAAGAAAAAUAUGCUGAAGUGAUUAAAGAAACUGUAAAACUAUGCACACUAAGUGCUGUUUAAGGCUAUGCCAUGUAGUACCUAGUAAACUAAUUAGUUCAUAUGAAUAUAUUGACCGUCGGUGUCGCCGUUAUAUAUCGGAGAUGGAUGUUAAAUUGCCAAUAUGGUGUGCAUAUUAUUGGAAAAAUUGAACUUUGAGUUGCCACUUACUUUGUCAAUAUUAAUGUUCUCACUUGGUGAAUGUUUUAUUUUAUCAUUGUUCUUAUUUCAUCAUGAGAGCAAACAGAGUGAAUGUUCUUUUCUGAAUAAAUGUUUUAAUAUUUUUAUGUAAAAUUUUGUAAAUAAAGUUGAAUUUUUAAUUGAAAUAA